AUGAAUAAUUUAAAGAUUAAGCCUCGGAUAGACCGGCAAUCCCAAACAGCGGUGCCGGUCGAAAUUGUUGGAGCGGACCAGGGUGAGACGGUUGAUCCGACUCUGGCUCCCUUUGCGUGUAUCGUGUGCGGUGUUGAAUUUAGUACCAAAACAGGUGUCGGUGUCCAUCUUAAUAAAGCUCAUGGUGUUGUGGCGAACAGCCGAAUAAACGUCGAACGUAAAAAGGUUCGAUGGACUGAUGAGGAGAAGCGCCUGGUGGCGCACAUCGAGGCGGAGGCGCAGUUUAGCGGCAUUCCUCCUUUGGGCAUAAAUGCAUAUUUAAUCAAACACCAUCCGGUUCGCACCGGCGAGUCCCUCAAGGCCCGCCGUAGGUGCGCGGAGCAUCGCCAACUUGUUGGUCGAGCGCUUCGCGCCCUCGAACGCGGCCGGAUGAGUCCUAUAAUCGACCAGAUCGAUAAUGACCCUGAGGUUGUCGUUGAAAUGCCCGCGCCGUCUUUCGAUGUCGCUGACGACGAGAAUGGUACCUCUGCCAGUGUCCGCGCGAGUACUGACCGCGAAAGCACCGCUAAAGAAGCGGCUGCUUGCGCCGUUGCCUUGCUAGCGACGGUGACCGGACACGGAGUUCAAAAACUCCUUAAGGCGGCGCAGGACCUAGUCGACCAGGAAAAGAGCCCCUCUCUCGCGAUAGCCAGUUGGUAUCGCGAGUACGGCAAGUGCGGUUUUGAAGGUUUGUCCGCGAGUGGUUCGGGUAACAUGAUACCACCGAACCACGGGAAAGGUGCGAGGCACCGGCCCGGCGCUAAAAUUACUCAUAAGUAUAAGGGUAAUAGAAAAACCUAUAAGACAAAAGCGUUGAAAGCCGCAGAGUAUAGGAGGAACGUCAAAGAAUGGAGGUUAAGGAGGAAGAUUGUCGUGGACCGUGUACUAUCAGGGGUCGAUUCAAAGGUCGUAAAACCAGCGUUCCGCGCUAUGUGUUCAUACUGGAUCCCGAUUAUCGAGGGCGCUGCUCCCGUUAACCGGAUCCAGGACCCGCCCGCACGCGUCCCUGCCCAAUACGACAUUCUAUCCCCUAUCUCGCCUGAGGAAGUGCUGACAUGCCUUCCCAGCGCGCACACUUCGCCUGGUCCGGAUGGGUUCCCGGUCAGGUUGUGGAGACGUAUCCCCAUACCUCUGUUAGCCGGCCUAUUCAACCUGAUAAACGCCAGCGGGGAGCUGCCACAUGAACUUUCGGCUUCCCGCACUAUCUUCGUGCCGAAGAAGGGUGACCCCUCGUGUCCGGAAAACUACCGCCCGAUUUCGAUCGCUUCGGUGGCGCUCCGGCACUACCAUAGAAUUUUGGCUCGCCGGCUGGAGAGUCUUUCGAUUGUCGACACAAGGCAGCGCGCGUUCCGACGUGCGGAUGGAGUUGCGGAAAAUAUCUUCCUGCUUCAUUCGUUGCUUCGGGACGCCCGCUCGUCUUGCAAGGGUCUCUGUCUCGCGUCUCUCGACUUGUCGAAGGCGUUUGAUUCAGUUGCCCACGAGUCGAUCUACGCCGCGCUGCGUGGCGCGGGCUUAUGCCCGCGCUUCGUCGAUUACCUGCGCGGGCUGUAUCUGCAAUCGGGGACCUUCAUUCAGGCGGGGGGGCAGUGCUCACGGGCCCUGUCGGUAUUGAAAGGCGUGCGUCAGGGCGACCCAUUGUCGCCGCUAUUAUUUAACGUGGUAGUAGACCAAGCGCUACGAGCAUUACCACACGCCGUUGGCUACGCGCUCGGGUCCGAGCAAGUGAGUGCCCUCGCGUUCGCGGACGAUGUAAUCCUGGUGGCUUCCACACCGUUAGGAUUGCAGCGCUCGUGCGAGGCGUUCACGGACCGGGUGGCUGUAGAUGGCUUGAGGCUGAACCCGGCGAAAAGCGCAACGCUGACCCAAAUACCGUCUGGCCGCGAUCAUAAGUUGAAGGUGGUGGAUACGGUGUACGUCCUCAACGGCGAACCCGUCCCCGCUCUCUCUGUGUCGUCGCUUUGGCGCUAUCUUGGUGUCGGCUUUGCGGGCGGUCGCCUGGAAGAGUAUGAUUGCGCGUCGUACGCCUCGGCAAUCGGUCGGCUUUCAGCCGCGCCGAUGAAGCCGCAGAUGCGGCUGGCCAUAUUACGUGAUCACCUCAUUCCGAUGUUCGUUCACGGACUGACGUUUGGGGCGGUCUCGGCCGGCAAGCUGCGUACACUGUCACACGAAACAAGACGCGCUGCUCGUUCCUGGCUAGACCUGCCAAUUUCGUGCCCCAACGCGUACAUUCACUCGCCAACAUCGGCGGGUGGCCUGGGAAUUCCCAGUCUCGAGCACAUAAUUCCGAAAUCUCGCCUAAAAAGGUAUGUAAGGCUUGAGCAGUCGUCCGUCCCGGCUGUCCGCGAAGCGUUCCGACUCCACGGGUCGAAAGCGUUAGCGGCGUCGCGGCGGGCGGUUGAAAAGAUGCAGCUCAAGCAGUCCUUUCAGACCAGCCUGCAUUCUUCGGUCGAUGGUUGUGAGCUAAAGAUGUGCCCCGAUGAGCCCGCUUCUGUUGCGUUCCUGCGAAACCAUACCGGUAUCCCCGGUAAGGAUUUCAAAAGGUACGCGCAGCUCCGGAUCAACGGGUUACCAUCACGGAAGCGCGUGAACCGAGGCCGUCGCGGUCCGACAAACUGUCGGGCUUGCGGCGCUCCCUCGGAAACGCUUGCACACAUAGUGCAGUCCUGCCAUCGGACGAAUGAGGGGCGUAUACUCCGGCACGAUUGCCUAGUUAANGCCACUGGGUGUGACGAUAAUAGAGGUCGGUUCUCCGUCAUUUGCGAUGUGCAAGUUGUGUCCGCCAACAACACAUUAGGAUGGCAUCAGAAUAAAGUCCGUAAGUACGCGGACCGCCCGGAUCUUUUGAGCGCGAUCCGGGCCCGACACCACUCGACCAACGUGCAAACGGUCGCCCUGACCAUUAAUUGGCGGGGAGUAUGGCUCGCAGAAAGCAGCCAAAGCCUCAAGGCUCUUGGACUAAGUUCGGGAUUCCUCGCGGGACUCACUACACGGGUCUUGCAGGGGUCCGUGUCCAAUUGGUACACCUUUAAUACACGCACGGACACGUACAGGCGGGUCGGCGUCGGUUGA